AUGAAAAGUAAUCAGGCCGCUGGUGCGAUCCCCCAGUUCACCUCAAAAGAUUACUCUUCUUUCUUCCUCGCAGGAGCACUAUGCUGCACGAUCACCCACGGUGCAAUGACGCCUGUCGACGUCGUGAAAACGCGAAUUCAAAUUGAUCCCGCAUACAAGAAGCUGAACAUGUUGACCGGAACGCGUUAUGUUAUCGCGACAGAAGGUCCCAGAGCUCUCCUUACAGGUUUCGGCCCAACUGCAGUUGGUUAUCUUAUACAAGGAGGCGCAAAAUUCGCUGGUUACGAAUAUUGGAAGAAAAAGGCAGUCGAGUCUGUAGGUGGCCCGGAGGCGGCAGUCAAGUAUCGAACGGCAAUCUACCUUGGAUCAGCCAGUAUUGCUGAGUAUGUCGCGAUGUUUUUCGCAGAUAUCCUUCUGACACCUUUAGAAGCCACUCGGAUCCGUCUCGUGUCAGACAGAACUUACGCAACUGGACUUGUCACGGGUUUCACUCGUAUAGCGCGUGAGGGUGGCAUGCGCGAGCUUUACGCAGGCUUUUUACCGAUUCUCUGCAAACAGAUACCUUACGCUAUCGGGCAAUUUACGGUGAACGAAUUAUGUCACGAGAUUGUUUUUCGUUCAAUUUCCGAAGAGACUCGUCGCACAUUAUCCAGUACCAGCAAAUUCACAAUACAGCUCGGUAGCGGCGUCAUCGCAGGUUUUGCAGCAGCCAUUCUGAGUCAGCCAGCGGAUACCUUACUGAGUCAGAUAAACAAGGGACAUGGACCAAAGGGCACCAUGCCGCAUCGACUUGCAGUACUCGCUCGGGAGGCUGGUUUCCGUGGCCUUUUUGCUGGUCUCGGACCUAGGAUGAUCAUGACCGCAGGCCUUGUGUCCGGGCAGUUUUUACUGUAUGGUGCAAUAAAAGAAGCUUUGGGCGCACCCCCUGGUGUAGAGAUACACAAAGCAACUGGUGCUGUUGUUUGA